UCUCAGGAACACAGAGAUCUUCUGUACACAUAUACACACAGGAAGAGAGGGGAAAGAACUAUGCCAGGAGGGAAACUCGGACAGUAGCUCUGACUCAGGUCUCUGUAUCUACACAUAUAGCAAGAGAGGAGUAUUGGAACCUUCCGGGCCAAAUUCAAAUAACUUGUUCCGUUGUUUUCCUGAGAAAGUGAUAAUUUGUUUCUCCUGGAUUCCCAGGGAGAUUAUUCCGGGACAUGCUUCCUGCCUCUGAACAGUUUGACUUGACCGGGCACGUCAUUGGAAUUCUGCUCUACAAAACUGGAAGUUCUGGAACUCUGGAAAAUGUAGAGUAGAGGCUGUUUGUGAUUGAAGAAAGUUGUCUAUUCACAGCAUAGCAAGGUUUUGUGUUGCCAACCUGGAUUACAGGAUAGCAGGGGUUAUAGCUAGAGCCCUCCUGGAGAGGGUAAGAAGAGCUCGGGGAUUUGUCCUCACAAAGGCCUUUUGUUCAUUGGAACCAGUAGAAGUGGACACAGUUUGGCAGGUUAGACAGCUAGAGGUGUAGAGAUGAUCCUUUUGUGACACUGAAUGGACAGACUGUACUGGGGUAGCCUUUCUACCUGGCUGGCUGACUACAUUUUAGUCAUUUAGUAGACACUAUUAUCCAGAGCGGCUUACAGGAGAAAUUAGGCUUAAAAACCUUGCUCAAGGGGCAAAUCUACAGAUUUUUCACCAAGUCGGCUCAGGGAAUCGAACCAACCUUUUGGUUACUGGCCCAACGCUCUUAACGCUAGGCUACCUGCCGACCCAGAGUUCACUGCCCGAAGUACAUGCUACAGUGCAUUUAAGGGCUCUGUGAAAAUGGACAGUGUAAGUAAUAGCUCUGAGGUUCAGGGGAAGCAGCAAUCCAAUUUGUUCCGCAAUAAGAUAUCCACUAUGUUUACACGUGGGGACAAGACUGAGCCUCAGAGGCUGGCGGGGGAGACUGCGGUGCUGAUGGCUUUCAGGACCCUGUCUGAUGAAGAGAACGAUCUCACAGGGGUCAGUGAUCAAAGUACCCUGGAUGUUAUCAGUGACGUGAGGAGUAUGAGUGUGGUACUUCAUAAAAGAGAGGACAGGAUUGAAUCAUGGGAGAAUGAGUCCAGUAGCUUUGUGACCUCUCCUAACGCCGGCCAGGUGUCUGUUUCCACGGCCGACCCAGGUCUGGUCCAGGUUACAAUGGUGGAGAUCUGUAGCGACACAGAGAUGGAAGAUGAGGAGGGGAUCAGCAGCCUCAGCCAAUCGGACAAGCCUGAUGCCCCUGGAAUGUCCUUCCCACCUGACGUUGACCAGUGGACAGUGGCAGUGUUCGAUGAUAACAAGGGUCAGCUGCCACCCGUUGGCCCAGUGAGAGGUGCCAUUGAGACAGACUUAAAGCUGCCUGUGUUUAAGCCACAUAGUCUUGUGGAGGGAUCCCUCAAAGACACCUCUGUUCUGUACUCUGCAAGGUUUAUGGGCAGAUCUAACAGUGGGACAGACCUUGGACUGAUCUCCUCUGUCUCCAAAACACAAGUGCCUGGAGACGGCUGCAGCACCGACCUCUACACUGAUCCCAGGCCUGUGGAGGUGGGUGUGGAUGCAGCAGCCAUGGGUGCCAAGGGGUCCAGCUAUCAUCACCACAAAGUAGCCAAAGGCUUCAGCACCAGCCAGGAGGUAUUGGGCCUUACUGACAUGUGUGCUGGAGACAACUCUGCAGUGGCUUCACUUCUUAACUUGUCUCUCACCUCUGAACCCCAGACAUCAGAGGAAGCAGCAGACGACACUGCCUUGCAGUCAGGACAGCCAGAGGGCCAAGAUUCUGGACAGAGGAAGGAGAUUUUUGGGGAAAACACUGGAACUGAGGAGCAUAAAGAUCAUGUCCACUGCCUGGACUCCCCCUCCACCCUCUCUGAGUCAAAGCCACCUGAAGCAGCAGAGACAUCUUCUCCUAGCCUGGAGAAGCAGCCUGACACUGAAGUGAGAAAAGGUAUUUUAAGGACUGGUCUGGCUGUGUCGCGUGUUCCUGGAGAAUCCCCAACUGACAGCCAGCCAAGUGCCACUCCUGUCUCUGUCUCACCCAGAGGCCAAGGCGACAUGACUGUCAAAAGGAGGCCCGACACAGACUUACCCUCCGCCUCCCCCUCCAGUGGCACAGUCUCCUCCCCCUCCUUCCAGCUGCCUGCCCUGUUCAGUGGACUGCGGGUUCUGAGGAAAGGGGCUGUGGGGGAGGAGAGGGAGACAGUGUCUGAGAUCAAACAGAGAGACGCUGACCUGGCCCUUCUGAGCCUGAAGAAGACCGUCAACAAAGCCAAUAACUUCCCUGAGCAGAUCACCUCCAGUAGCCGCACCCCCAAGAAACGUCCUGAGCCCAAACAUGUGUCUGAGACCAAGAGUAAUCUCCUGGGGCAGCUCAGCCAGCUGCUCAACCUUGACGGGACCAAGGCCGAGGACAAGCCGGACCCACUGCUAGAGCUCAGAGACAGGGAGCCUGAGAGGGGGGAGGAGGGGGCGACAGACCAGGGUCCAGAGCUGAUCCCCACCACCCCACCAGCAGACAACAGGAAAGCCUCAGACACAACAUUAAACACUUUUAAGAGUCUCUUCAGCUCCAAACCUGCUAAAAGGGAUACAGCGGAUCCUGUGGAUUUAGAGGCUGUCAAGAAAAAAAAUAAAAGUGAGAAGGACCUGCUGAAAUCCAUCUUUGAGAGAACCUCCAAGUCUCCCAGCAGUGAGCAAAAAGGUCCAGCGGAGUCUAAAUCUGAGGUCACCUCCCCUACAGACAGUGAGGACCGGACCCCCGGGCGGCUCCAGGCCAUCUGGCCCCCGCCCAAGCCAAAGGAUGAGGAGGAGAAGGUGGGGCUCAGGUACACCGAGGCAGAGCACCAGGCUGCCCUCUUACAGCUGAAGAGAGAAUGCAAAGAGGAGGUGGAGAAAGUACAUGCAGACUUUGAGCUACAGAUCUUCCAGGUGCGAGGGGAGCAUGCUGUCGCCAUGUCCCAUCUGGAGGGAGUCAUCUGCAUGAUGCAGACAGACCGUCAACAGGCCUUCAGCCUGGGCCACGAGAGGGGCGAGCUCCGUGAGGCCUGCGUGUCCACCGAGGACGACCUGCCUCCCAAAACUUUUCGGAAUGUCUGCAUCCAGACAGACAGGGAGACCUUCCUCAGGACGCCCGAGGGUGAAGCCAGUCGGCCCAGUCUCGGCCCCAGUCAGAACGUGCCUAAGAAACUCAACCUGAGUCUGCAUGGAGGAGCCUCAGGAAUCCCCGGCCCACCUCCCCCGCCCCCUCCCCCCCUUCCUCCCCUCCCUGGCCAAUCAGGACCGCCUCCACCUCCUCCUCCUCCACCUCCCCCGUUACCUGGCAACAUGGGGCCACCGCCUCCACCUCCCCUCCCAGGUUUUGGUCCCCCACCUCCCCCUCCCCCUCCUCCGGGGUUACCUGGAGCUGGUCCUCCCCUUCCUCCCCCUCCACCUGGGUGUGCCCCACCCCCUCCUCCUGGGGGUGGAUUAUUUGGGUUUGGGUUCGGCCAGGCAGCAGAGAAGGCCCCAAGGAAACCUGCAUUGGAACCUGCUACUCCCAUGAAGCCUCUAUACUGGACGAGGAUACAGAUCCAAGACAAUAAUAAUAAUACACUAUGGGGUUCUCUGGAGGAGCCAGACAUCGUAGACACCAAGGAGUUUGAGGACCUGUUCUCGAAGGCCACUCUGCAGCCAAAGAAGAAGCCCCUCUCAGACACCUUUGAGAAGAAGGCCAAGACUAAGAAGAUUAUCAAGCUGCUGGAUGGGAAACGUUCCCAAGCAGUAGGCAUCCUCAUCUCAAGUCUUCACCUUGAAAUGAAGGACAUUCAGAAAGCUGUUUUGAGUGUAGAUAACUCUGUGGUGGACUUGGAGACCAUCGAGGCUUUAUAUGAAAAUAGGGCCACGAAUGAUGAGCUGGAGAAGAUAAAAACACACUAUGAGACGUCCAAGGAGGACGAGGUGAAGCUACUGGACAAGCCUGAACAGUUCUUGUAUGAACUCUCCCAGAUUCCAGACUUCUCUGGCCGCUCCCACUGCAUCAUAUUCCAGUCUAUCUUCCUUGACUGCAUAUCUUCCAUCCACCGCAAAGUAGAAAUAGUCUCCACCGUGAGCAAAGAUCUGCUGGACUGUAGCAGUGUGAAGGAUGUGAUGGGGCUGGUCCUAGCCUUUGGGAACUACAUGAACGGAGGCAACAGGACACGGGGUCAGGCUGAUGGCUUUGGCCUGGAGAUCCUGCCCAAACUGAAGGAUGUCAAGAGCAGGGACAACUGUAUCAGUCUGGUGGAUUACGUAGUUGCAUACUAUCUGCGCAAUUUUGACGAGCACGCAGGAACAGACAAGAGUAUAUUCCCACUGCCUGAGCCACAGGAUUUCUUCUUGGCAGCUCAGGUCAAAUUUGAAGACCUCACAAAGGACAUGAGGAAGCUGGGGAGAGACCUGACUGUGUGUGAAAAGGCUGUUCAGAAGGUGUGUGCUAGCUCCUCUGAGAAGGACCUCCAGCCCUUCAAGGAGAAAAUGGAGGCCUUCGUCUCGACCGCUCAAAAGGACCACACUGCUGAGGAUGACAGGCUCAACGCAGCACAGAAAAGCUUCCUGGACAUGGUGGGCUACUUUGGGCUCAAGCCAAAGUCUGGGGAGAAGGAGGUGGCCCCUGGUUACGUCUUCAUGCUCUGGUAUGAGUUCUGCAGUGACUUCAAGAACACGUGGAAACGGGAGUGUAAGAACAUCUCCAAGGAGAGGCUGAAGGAAGCGCAGGAGAACAUGAAAAAGAUCACUGCUGAGAAGAGGGUGGAAACCAAGAAGAUCAAUGCCAACAGUCUGAAAGAGAGACUGCGUCAGAAGGAAGCCAGCGUGUCCUCCAGCUGAAAAGGAUGACCAUUGAAGGACAGAGUGGAGAGAGGAAGUGGAGAUAGAUGGCAGAUGGGGAAAGUCUGCUGGCUUCACCACUUCUCGCCUUCACCACCUGCCUCUUACCCAACAUCAUACCUCAUAUAGCCCUGGGUGCCCCCACGCUGUGGACCUCUCUACUACGGCCAAUUCUACCGUCCCUACUGACUGGACCAUCUCCACCACUCUCCAUGGUGCACCCCUCUUUCACCUCAACCUCGUUCCCAGAUGAGAGGCACCUUGUGUGGCUUCCAUCACUGUGUAUCCCUAGGACUACCAUCCAGACCACUUACACCACGGGAAAUAGGAACAUGUCUGCCUGAUACCCUGCUGUAGAUAUGCCGACUGCUAAGUCUAGGUAGGCCCCUGACCCCUGACCCCUGACCGCUAGGCUUCCUAGGCCUGCUGGAGCUGAGGACCUACAUUCAUUCCCCAGUCUGGGUUUCUUUAAGGACAGCAUCACACAUCUUGAUGACAUAAUCCAAUGCAUUGUAGCUAGGUUAUACAAAUACAAUAAAUACAUCAAAAAUAAAGAGGAGGCCUCAUUGUUGUUGGGCUAUGUCAGCAGAUAUGGCUACCAGGUGAUGUUCACUCAGAGAAACUAUUACGAUUGAAUGAGUAAGACAUUCAGGAGUUGUUAUUCUAACAAUGAUUCAGAAUAUGAAAGCAAUAUACAAUGCUAUCAUGUGGAGAAUAGCUAUUCAUCUGCUGUGGCCCAUUUUUGAAGUGUGUCUUGUCAAUGCCUUUCAUAUGGUGUUUGUUUUCAUAUGAGCAGAGACUGAAACGUUUGACCUGAUGUUAUAUUAUGAAGAGAAUCAGUAGUCUUUAUUGGACUGAGAGUCCUGUUGAAGGCAUAGCGAUGUGGGUCCUGGUCAGAAGGUAGAAACUGGAUGUAACGGUGUUAACUUUCUCACUGCACCAGACUGACCCCUCCUGGGUGAUAGCCAGAGAAUGUCAGACCUUGGCAGCAAUGCUUUGCUCUCAUCCCCCGAGUCAGACAUCACGCUCUGAGAUGAACAAACAACCCUGCUAUAAGCUACGCUGAGAAAAGCAACAGGUCUUGUGAGUAUGGCUGCAAUGACACAUUUUUUAAGUGUAUAUGAUAGAAUCGUUAGUUGUUCCCAAUGAAUGUCGUUCAUGACAUAUGUAUGUCACAAUUCUAAGCACUUUCCUUCUUGCAUCAGCUGUAUUUAGUAGCUAAGCUACAUCCCCUGUUCUUCUCAGAAUGGUACUUGAUCAAAUGUAUUGCACUUUUUUACACCUCAGUUUAAACUCUUAUGCAAUUCUAUGGCUUGCGUGCUAUGAUAAGAACAUUUAUGAAUUAAUGUUGCAAUGAAAAUUGCAUCAUCCAUUUCGAGUUUUUAGAGAAAACUAUAUUAUAUUUAUUUAACAAAAUAUUUGUCAUUUAACUCUGGAAGAUUUAAACGUUGUUUUGGAAAACUCUAAAUGUGAAAGAUUUAUUUUAUGCCAAAACAUUAACUGUUAAAAAGUUGUGUAUUAUUUGUUUCCUACCCUUAGCUUGAGGAGGAUACAUGAAUGGCUCAGUAGUCAGGUGAAAGACGUGUUUAGUUUAAUUUGGAUGUGACAUAUUAUGUAGAGCCUUAUUCAUUUACCCCAAAUGAUCUUGUUUCAUACUUGAUCCAAACUGAUAGGGAGAGUAUCUGGCUAAAUAUAUUGCCUUUUGAUUUAUUUAAAUCAAGAACAUUUUUACUUUGUUUAAAAAUAGAAACGAUUACUCCUAUCAAGCCAUGUGUAUACUUCACCCCUGUCAGAACCUAUUGAGUGUAAAAAAUAACAUCGUUGUUUCAUAGUCAUUGAAUGUGCCAUUAUUUUGCAUGAAGAGUUUUCACAAUCUUACAAUUGCAAAUUGUCUGUUUACUUGACAUUUUUUUCAAAACCAAAUUAAUAGGUUAGAAGUUAAAUAUUAUGAAGGCCUAUCUAUAAUGUAAAUUGGUUAAUUUAGUUACAGGCCGAUAUAUGUCUCCACGUUUUUUUACAUGUUUAUCGUAAAAUAAAUCAUUUGCGCUAGGUCAAAGAAAUAGAUGACAGACACCACAAACAUCACAACAUUUCAGUCACCAAAGUCUUAACUGAAGUCUAUAGAUGAGGAACUUUGCAGCUAUGGAAAUGAACGUUUAAAGCAUUCUUGUAAAUUGUUUCUCUACUUUCAGCACUCCCUAAUAGGCUUAACAUUCAGGCUCAGUAAUGAUGCAGUAACUAAAUAAAGGUGAAAAUAUGUUCAUUACAAUGCCUCAAGUAGCCAAAUUGUUUCAUUAAUAUAUAUGAUUAAUUUAUGCGCAAUUAUUUAUUACAUUGCACCUGUUCCUCUCAAAAUGCAUCUUUUCAUUAUGAAUGAAUAAUUGAAACGUGUUAGAAAGCGUGAUAAUAAUGGGAGGAAGUAGACCUAAGUUAAAUGGAUAGAAACAAUCAAUUACCCUGAAAACAUGACUUGUGUAUUUGCCUACAAUUGGCCGCAAACUUGAUUAUCCUGCACUACAUUAAGUACAGUGAAGGCAUGGCAAGGCUAAAUCGAAGAAAAGCGAGGCAACUGAUAUGUUCUUAGCCUAAAACCUUGCAUUUCCAAGCAGAUGUAUUUUUUACGCAUGGGGUGGCAAAUUACCAUUUGCCAAAAUGCGCACGAGGCUUAAACAACUGGACAAUAAA